CAAAAUAUCUGUUCGUUUUCUCGUUUUCGUUUAUUGGUUAUGGUUAUGGUGAUGUGAUUUUAACUUCAAUAACAAAGAUGUUAGGCAACUGUUUAUUGCAGGUUACAACUGUUUUAUUUAUAGUAUUUUUAGUAAAUGUCUCAGAAACAAACUCAUUAAAAGGCAAAAAUGGAAAAUGUAUUCAAGCAAAUCCCUGCAAGUGCACGUUUCCUGACGGAAUGUAUUAUGAUUUCUCAAAUAUUAUGGAAUUCCAACUCUCAUGGCUCAAAUUGAAUGAAACGACAGAUCUGAAAUACUCGCCUUGUAGAGAUUCUAAAUUAGUCGAAAAUCCCACAGAAGUGAAUGAUUGCAAUACGGGGAGCGGAGUAACUUUGUGCCUCCGAAGCAACUCGACCACUCCAAAAAAGUAUACAGGAUUGAAUCUAUCUACUAGUGAGUUCGUAUCCACGAAUGAAAAUGAUCCUGUUUCGGUGAAAUUUCAAAAAAUGGAUGGAAAAAGCCCAGUUAUUACUAUGAAACUAGUUUGUGAUAAGUCAGCUAUCCUGCCAGACCUAAAGGUUUCACCCGAAAGUAAAACCAAUAAUAAUGCAUUUGAUCUUCUCUUGACAUCUGUCGAUGCAUGCUUGAAAGCCGGAGACACAUUAGUCGAUGAAGAUGAAAUGUCAACGGGCUCGAAGCUGAUCAUCAUCUUCCUUGUCCUAUUUGCAGCUUACUUUGGUGGCGGAGUUUUAGCUUUGAAAUAUAUUCGUGGAGCAGAAGGUUUUGAAAUGAUACCGAACUAUGAAUUCUGGUCUGACCUCCCUUCCUUAGUCAGGGAUGGAGUACUGUUUUUAGUAAGCGGCUUUCAGGUUACACCCAGCUAUGACAGAAUUUAAUAAGAAUAUGCAAAUCAUCUGCGAAAAGGUUGUGAAACAUGUACUGGAAUUUCAUAUCAGUUUUUUCUAUUGAGAAUCAGGAUAUAAGAUAUUUUUCUUACCCACUUCUGCUGAGCGGCAAUGAUUGUUAUUUGAACGGAAUAGUGUUUAUUACAGAACAUUUCAUAUUACAGUAAUAGUGUGGUCAUAUUGCUUUUUAAUAUGAAUCAUAGUUUCCUCUUACAGUUCAUAUUGCCUUAUGAAUAACUACCAAUGAAUCCAUUCCAAAAAUGUUUUCUUAACAUUGUCUCCAAUGUAUAAUAACGUAAUUUCACUAUUAAGUGAGAGUGGUUCAUUCCUAGGAUUUAUUCAAGAACUUAUUUAAGAUACAAUUAAAUUUAGCUUAAAAAUGUAUAACUACUGUAUUUUUUUUCUAAUUUACAUUUGUUGUUCUAUUAUGGGCGUUUUGAUUUUUGUCGUCUUAUUACAUUUUUACAAUACUAAAGUUCGAAGUUGUACAAGCCUAUAUUUAUCUUUAAGUUGGUGUAAAAUUUAAUGUAAAUAUUUUUCUCAUUUCCCAAUCAUUUGCUUUUUGUUCAUUUGCACUAUUGUUUGCGUUUUAUUCUAGUAGAAUGUCUUAGUUUUACGGGCUUAUUAUAAUAUUGAUAGAAAUUUAGUUUGCUACUUGAUUCAUUUUCACUAGUCAUCCAUAACUUGCUAUUUAUUCUUCCCAUAAUAUUUUAUUGUAAUUCGAAGUGUGACUCUUUUAAAUAGAUUGAAGUAAGACUGAUGAAUGUGUGUAUUGUUGAUCAUUAAAUAAUGAGAAUGACUGUUGAA